AAAUGAACUAAAUAAUUUCCACCGCUUUUUUAGGAAGAUUCCUUUCUAGUCUCUGUACAAAGAAAUCACUUUCCCAUUCAAAUUCAUAAUUUUGUUUCGUUUUUUUUUUUUUUCAAAAAUAGAAAAAUGAGAAGAUUUAACAGAUAUUUGAACUGAUUAUAUGAAAUUCGUUACAUUUUAUAUUUAAAUUCGAUAUAUUUCUCUCUCAGUAGGAAAAACCACUCGUUUUUCUUUUCACCAUGGAGAUUGCUUCUUCUCCAAUCUUUUCUUGCUCUAAAGAGCAUCAAAGGAUUUAUCAUGAAUGGUUUCUUUACGCAGAUUCAGAUGGUGAUGGCCGCAUUACUGGCAAUGAUGCUUUAAAGUUCUUCGCUUUGUCGAAUUUGUCUCGGCAAGAUCUCAAGCAGGUUUGGGCGGUUGCAGAUUCGAAGAGACAAGGGUAUCUUGGUUUUGGAGAAUUUGUUGCUGCGAUGCAGCUGGUUUCUUUGGCGCAAACUGGACUUGAAAUAACACAUGAUUUAUUGAAUAGCAACGUUGACUUUGAGACUUUGGAUCCCCCUGUUAUGGAGGGUUUGGCUGAAUUACUUUCGAAGAAAAAGAGUCCACAGAAGAUCAGUGAGCUUGAUUUAAAUGGUGGUUCUAUAGUGCAACAUUCACCUUCAUCGCAGUGGUUUUCUUCAAAAUCAUCGAAAAAGGUGUCUCUUUCCUCUGUAACUUCAAUUGUUGAUGGCUUGAAGCGACUAUAUCUCAAGAAGCUGAAGCCACUUGAAGACGCAUACCGGUUUAAUGACUUUGUAUCCCCUUCAUUAACUAAUAGUGAUUUUGAUGCUAAACCCAUGGUUAUGCUUUUGGGUCAAUACUCCACUGGGAAAACAACUUUCAUCAAGCAUUUACUAAGAGGCAGUUACCCAGGUGCUCACAUUGGACCAGAACCCACAACUGACAGAUUUGUUGUUGUUAUGUCUGGGCCUGAUGAGAGGAGUAUCCCUGGCAACACUGUUGCUGUCCAAGCUGAUAUGCCCUUCAGUGGCCUUACAACAUUCGGAACUGCUUUCUUAUCAAAAUUUGAGUGUUCGCAAAUGCCACAUCCUCUGUUGGAGCACAUUACAUUUGUGGAUACUCCUGGAGUUUUAUCAGGGGAGAAGCAACGAACACAACGAGCAUAUGACUUUACUGGUGUAACAUCAUGGUUUGCUUCAAAGUGUGACCUCAUACUACUUUUAUUUGAUCCUCAUAAGCUUGAUGUUAGUGAUGAAUUUAAACGUGUAAUAUCAUCUUUACGGGGACAUGAUGAUAAGAUUCGUGUGGUGCUGAACAAGGCUGAUCAAGUUGAUACUCAACAACUAAUGAGGGUUUAUGGAGCAUUAAUGUGGUCUCUCGGCAAGGUUAUUAAUACACCUGAGGUCAUGCGUGUAUAUAUUGGCUCAUUCAAUGACAAACCAGUAAAUGAAGCUGCAACUGGUCCACUUGGGAAAGAGCUUUUUGAAAGGGAGCAGGAGGAUCUUCUUGCUGAUCUAAAAGAUAUUCCAAAGAAGGCUUGUGAUCGUCGUAUCAAUGAAUUUGUGAAACGCGCCAGAGCUGCUAAGAUACACGCUUAUAUUAUUAGCCAUCUAAAGAAAGAGAUGCCUGCUAUGAUGGGAAAAGCAAAAGCUCAACAGAAACUAAUUGAUAAUCUGGGUGAUGCAUUUGCCAAGGUCCAAAGAGAGUUUCAUUUACCACCAGGAGAUUUCCCAAAUGUAGAGCAGUUCAAGGAGACAUUAAAGGGGUACAACAUUGACAAAUUUGAGAAGCUGAAACCGAAAAUGAUACAAGCCGUCGAUGACAUGCUUGGCUAUGACAUUCCUGAGCUAUUAAAAAGUUUCAGGAAUCCCUAUAAUUAAAUACACUACUACACAACAGUAGGUAGCGCACAGAGGUUGCAUUUUGAAGGAGCCACAUUAUUAUGCAUAUAAAUAAGAUACCCAAAAACAUUAUUCAAUUUUUAAGCUCCAAAUCUGUGUAGGAUUGCUUUUGAGAUUUCUUAUUAGUUUUCUAAAAUUAUCUACACUUUUUAAUUUUUUUUUUAGAAAAUUUUGAUCCAUGUUUCUUCUCAACCUUUGAGAUUCUGAUUUUGUUUCUAGUAGAAAUUUUUAAUUUCAAAAUUAUUAUUAUUUUAUUGGUCAAGUAUAUUAAGCACAACAAAAUUGCCAUGUCAAAAAUUCCAUUUCUCUCA